UAUUUUAUAAUAUUCCCAGAGGUUGUGAAGUUAGGCUACUUAAUUUCAAAUAAAAAUCCACCCGAAUCACUUAUCGUUUUCUCAAAUCCCAAUCAAAACGAUAGAGAUCGGAGAUUCGAGGAAAGACAAUCCAAAUAAAAAUAUUUUUUCCCUAUUAAACAAAAAGCUUAAAUCAAACCCCAAAAUCCAGAAUCCCACAUCCUCUAAAUCCCCAAAACGGGAAAAAAAAGAAUAAAGAAGACAUGAGGACACAGAAGAGGCCGAUCCAUGCGGUGUCGAUGUGGGUGAGACGACAGCCGCCGAAGGUGAAGGCUUUUUUGGCGGUGGUAUCGGGGAUGGCGGCAUUGGUUCUUCUCCGAGUCAUUGUAAAUGACCACGACAACCUCUUCGUCGCCGCCGAGGCUGUCCAUUCUAUCGGAAUCUCUGUCCUCAUCUAUAAGCUCACCAAAGAGAAGACUUGUGCUGGACUAUCACUCAAAUCCCAAGAACUAACAGCUAUCUUUUUAGCUGUUAGGCUGUACUGUAGCUUUGUCAUGGAAUAUGACAUACACACCUUACUUGAUUUAGCCACAUUGGCUACAACAUUGUGGGUUAUUUAUAUGAUCCGUUUCAAACUAAAGUCCAGCUACAUGGAAGACAAGGACAACUUUGUGAUAUAUUAUGUUGUUGUCCCUUGUGCAGUACUAGCUCUGUGUAUUCAUCCAACAACUUCCCAUAAUCUAUUGAACCGGAUUUCCUGGGCAUUCUGUGUAUAUCUGGAAGCUGUUUCAGUUUUACCUCAGUUGCGAGUGAUGCAAAACACCAAGAUUGUUGAGCCUUUUACAGCUCAUUAUGUGUUUGCGUUGGGUGUUGCAAGGUUCCUCAGCUGUGCCCACUGGGUUCUCCAGGUUUUAGACAGCCGAGGACGCUUGCUGGUAGCCCUGGGUUAUGGAUUGUGGCCUUCUAUGGUUCUUAUAUCAGAAAUUGUUCAAACUUUUAUUUUAGCAGACUUCUGUUACUAUUAUAUCAAGAGUGUCUUUGGAGGGCAGCUUGUUCUCCGUCUACCCUCUGGGGUGGUCUAAGUGAAGAUGCUAUUUUGCUGUGGUCGAUGAGCUUGCUGCCGAAAGAAAACAUAACUUGGUUACUAAUGUGACUAGGUGUUCUUGUUUAAUUUCUGGUUUUUGCUCUGCACGUUUCUUGUGACUGCAAUUAGUGGAUUGUUUGUAAAUUUCGGGAUGCAGAAACUUUGGGUGGAUAUUUAUAGGGAAGCAUUUCAUAGAUGGUUUAGUUUAUGGUAUCAAAUGCCUAACCUGCCGCUUAUAUGAAGUUAUUUAUUAUAGACUAUUCCUACA